ACAACCUUAGCCGCCGGCGACGGCGCUUCGUGGGGGACAAAAAGCCCCGCCGAUUUGUUCCUCCUUUUUUUGGUUAAGCCGUUCUCGGAUGGGGCUUGAAGGGGAGGGGGCGGGGACUUCCCCUGUGGCCCCGCCCCCUCGACGACAGCAGCGGUGGCUUUCCUGUUCGCCUUGGCUGCCUUUCAUUCCCUUCAUCAUCAUCAUCAGGAGAGGAAGCAACAGCAGCAGCCUGGUCCGCGCAUGCGCAUGAGCAGCCAUGGAGGCUCUGCUGGGGCAGGUGCCUGUGCGGUUCUCCCGGCUGCCCAUGUUCCCCUUCUUCGACCUGGCCCACUACGCCGCCUCCGUCAUGGCCCUCAAGGAGCAGCGGGGAGCAGUGGAAGUAGCAUAUCGCAGCCCAAUUGCAUGUUGGUUUAGCGCUAUGCUUUACUGCUUUGGUGGAUCCAUUUUAUCUUCACUGAUGCUAGCAGAACCUCCAGUUGCAUUUCUUGCCAAUACCACAAGUGUCCUUCUAGCCUCAUCAAUCUGGUAUCUUAUAUUUUACUGUCCACACGAUCUAGCCUACCGCUGGGUCUCUUUUCCGCCCAUACGACUGAUGGUUGCAGGGAUGAAGGAAGUGACCAGAACGUGGAAAAUAACAGGCGGGGUUUUGCACGCACAUAGCCAUUACAGUAAUGCCUGGAUGGUCAUGAUAGCUAUUGGCUGGGCCAGAGGAGCUGGUGGCGGCCUAAUAUCCAACUUUGAACAGUUGGUGAGAGGUGUGUGGAAGCCUGAAACUAAUGAACUGCUGAAGAUGUCCUAUCCUGUAAAAGUAAGUUUGGUGGGUGCAGUACUCUUCACAAUGCAACAAACUCUUUACCUGCCAGUAGAAAAGCACGACCUUAUGUUCCUCUACACAAUCUUCUUGGUGGGCACAAAGAUAUCCAUGAUGUUGAUAGAACGCUCAACUUCACCAUUUGCUCCGCUUGAGAAGAUAUUGGGUCACCUCCUCUUUGGUUGGCAGCCGCCAUCUUCGAGAGCGAGAGGCGAGGCCAAAGUACCUUACAACGGCACUUCCUCAGCCGGCGGCCAUACUAGUGGCGGAGAAACAGGCGAGAGUGCAAAGAAGAAGCAUGCAAAGAAAUCUGAAUGAGACCAUUGACGGGGGGGCUAAAUGAAGGUGGCAAAACCAACUUGUUUGUCUAUGCCCAUAAAUAUUUAAUAUUUCCUUUUCUUAAUGAUGUGAAAUGACAGUUAAGGAAAUUUGUGUGGCAAAAGUCUAACUAUAAUAGCUUUUGACCUCAGGACGUGGUAAACGUUUCCUAUGCAGAGUUCCAGUGAAGCUCUUGCAAGCUACACUGUCUGUGAACUUUUUGUGCUGUUUCCGUGUACCACUACUACUGCCAUGUGGCUACAUGUAGCCUCUAAUGUGUGCUUUUUUGUAAACUAGAAUUCAUAUUUGGACAAGAUGCAUCAUGUUAGAAUUCUUUUUCUAAUGUAAAUGAUAAAAUAAGAGAUUAUAUUGUGAUUUUACUUGUAUGAUAAUUUUUUAUUGUAGUUAAAUAUGUUUUCUGUCUAAGAAAACAAAACAUCAAACGUUUUAAACAAAACCCUUCACAAAAUAUCAUCUGGCAGCAGAAGUGGAUUGAUGGUUUUCAUUGAUUGUAACUUAUUUGAGAGAUGAUCCAGCCAGAGAUGGGUAUAUUUUUUUAAUUCAGCGAGGGAGAUUUAAGCAUGUGCAUUUUGUGAUCACAAAUCCUGCUUCAUGCCGACUGAACUGUACUCUGAUGUGUUAUUCUUUAACAGCAGAGUUACAUCCUCAAUACCUUAUAUGAACAUUGUUGUGAAAGCGUCAUAUUCAGUGACUGAGAGGAACAAUAAUUAAUACAUGCUAUCAGAUUUAAGAAACCAUCUUAAUCUUCCCAGACAGCUUCUUAAUUCUUGAUACACUGCUACUGAAUUGUCUUGAAGGCACACAUUUGUAAUAAUUUUUGCACUCAGCUGGAGUGACAAGGUAUCUUUAGGUAUUUUUUCACAAACCUUUCAUAGUAGGUUUUCAAAUUUUUCUACAUAUACUCACUUGAACCACUUGGAUACUAAAUUUCCUGUAAAUAUGAGCUUCACAUGUCUUUGCUGGGGUUUUUUAAAUGGGGCAACAAAAUGUAUUGAAACCAUAGUUCAUAUGGGUUGAUCUUUUGAGUACAUAUUUUUUUCCACACAGUGCCAUUUCUUAAUCAGGCAGGGAUUUUUCAACAGAACUGAACAAAGAUCCUUGUCCAAAAUAGAGCUUUUUAAAUUAUUCAAACAAAAAUUGCAUUCUAGACAGGUUUUCCUUUGUGGUUUUUUAUUCUGUUUCAAGGUUCUGUGACAGAACUUGCAAAACGUUAAUUUUUUAAACACCUCCCAGAAUCUGCCAGCCAGGAUGGCCAGUAACUAUAUUUACUAUGGGAUUCUGAGAGGUAGAGCUAUUUUUCCAAACUGUGAGCCAAUGCUGGCUAACUAGCUGUAGGCCAGACUCACACAGUUUGUGUCACCCUUCCUAGCUGAACAAAGCCCUUCAGCCCUGUGUAGCUUCAGGUUAGGGGAUUGCUAAAUUCUUGUUUUUGAUGCCUGCCUUGGACUGUGACAUGGAGCAGGUAUUGGUAUCAUUACUGGAAAGUGGAAAAGUACCAGUUGCAAGGGGGUUUCCUUCCUUUCUUUCCCCUCAAAUACUUGGCUUGUGGUCAGUGCUUGGCUUGGUAGAGCAGAAGCUGUGUGAGCCUGCUUAGAAUUUAUCUCUUCUUUGGAUGUGUGUUUCAAAAAUUAAAUGAUGAUUUUUGGAUCGCUUUUAUAAGUAAUUCAUAUACUAUAGUUGAGCCAUAAAUGACGAGGAGGGAAUUUUUUAAAAAUGACAUCUUUGAUAUAUAGUUUUUUGCCCUAUGACAUUAGGGCUCAGUUUCCUUUUUAACCAGUCUAUGCUAAAAGCUUGCAAUUGUAAGUGUCUGUGUAGCAUUGUGCUGAACUUUGGUUGGCAGGAAACUGAAAUAAACUUGAAGCAAACACCAGCGAACAAUGUGCUUCCACCUUUUAUGAAUUCUCUUUGUGUACAAAUAAAGUUACUGGUGUCUUUGUACAACAUGAUUAAAAGCCUUGAUGCUUUUUGGUACUACAUUUUUUGUACUGUGUGUGGUGCUCUUGUCAACAACUACACAGUAAUUGCACUGUAGUCCUUUGCAGCACAAAUUGAUGUGAAAAUGUAUUUUAAAUUAUUGUUAAGAUAUUUACUGUUGUUAGGCAGAAAAUGGUCUGUGCAUUUAAAAACCCUGCUAUUAAAAAAGUGGAAACA